AUGAAGGCCUGCUUGGUGCAAGGGGUGGCCCUCUGCCUCCUGCUGGGACCUCUGGCGGGAGCCAAGCCAGUGCAGGAGGAGGGAGACCCCUAUGCUGAGCCACCGGCCAUGCCCUACUGGCCUUUCUCCACCUCUGACUUCUGGAACUAUGUGCAGUACUUCCAGACCCUGGGAGCCUACCCCCAGUUGGAGGACCUGGCCCGCACCUUCUUCGCUCACUUCCCCCUGGGGACCACCCUGGGGUUCCACGUCCCCUAUCAGCAGGACUGA